CCCAAUCAUCGAAAACCAGAUUAAAACACGGACCGCACCGGACUUGCCGAUCAAAGCGCGAUUAUCCACCAGGUUCUUCGCUAAAAGCCUAAGCUUGGCCGCAACAAAUUGCUUGAUGGCAGUCAACGACGAUUGGAGGCCUUCGAUGCAGAUCUUGACCGUUAGUAUAAGAUCCUCUGGCGAAAUGAUCAAAUCAGGUGGUAACAAUUUGACUUUGAAAGGAUGGCCUCUCACAAGCUUGCUGGAUUUGACCUGCCAGAUUGUGUCAGACAUGAUCAAGGGAAAGACACUGAAAGAGAUCUGCAAGACCUUCAACAUCAUGAAUGAUUUCACUCCUGAGGAAGAAGAAGAGAUCCAUAAGGAGAACGAGUGGGCAUUUGGGUGAUAUAUUGGAAUUAAUGUUGGAUGUCAUAUAGUUGGAGAGUCCUUAUGUAUAUUGCUUCUACUUAUAAUUCAAUUGGUUUUUUGUUUUUGCUUAGGUAAGUGCUUAGGUCUAACCAAAUAUUUUUGAAAAGGUUAUAAUUUCAGUUAUAAACAUAAAUAACUUAUUGUAAAUUCUUUGAAGAAGUUCAACUUGUCUUUUUUGACCACCAAAAAAAAGAAAAAAAAAAGAAAAAGAAAAAAGAAGUUGAACGUGUCUUUUUUUCGCCUUAUUUUCCUGCAUGAAAUAUGUGAUGAAAUUUGCGUAGACCCAAAAAAAGAAUAUAUAAAAAAUCCUUCAUA